GUGAUCGAGGAGAAGAGAUGGAGGGAAGUGAUUGCGGCAUUCAAGUUUCCACCCACCACCACCAGCGCUUCCUUCGUGCUGAGGAGGUACUACCUGAGCUUGCUCCACCACUACGAGCAGGUCUACUACUUCCGGAUCCAGGGGCCUCUGGUUCCCCCGGCAGCUUCUUCCCAAACCAGGGCAACUCCCAGCAAGCUUGACCACAGCGUCGUCGUCUCCGACUCCACCAUGCAGACCCCCAAAGCUCGGAAAAGAGCGCUUCCUGAGCCACAGAGCAAAGGGCCUUACAAUUUCACGGUUACGGGGUCGAUCGAUGGGAAGUUCGAGUAUGGAUAUAUGGUGACGGUGAAGAUAGGCGCCGAGACACUGCGAGGUGUGCUUUAUCGUGUCCAGCAAGAACAGCCUUCGGCAGCGUCUUCGUCCUCUUUGGCAGCAGCAGCAGCAGCAGCCGCCGACACUUCUCACGCCGCUGACGUCGCCGCCGUAACAAGAACAAGGCGUAGGCGGAGGAGGGGGUGGAGGCGCCGCGACCCCGCCCACCCGAAACCAAACCGGAGCGCCUACAACUUCUUCUUCGCCGAGACGCACUCCAAGCUGAAAUCUCUCCACCCUCACAGGGAAAGAGAGUUCAGCAAGAUGAUCGGGGAGUCCUGGAGCAAGCUCAGUGAAGAGGAAAGAUUGGUGCGUUGGCCUUCUUCUCUGAUGGCUUCAUAUAUACUGCCAUGUACCAUCAUCAUCAUCAUCAUCGAGUGCCUCGCAUGUUGUGUUCCUACUCUUUCCCAGGUAUAUCAAGAUUAUGGAUUGAAGGACAAGGAGAGAUACAAGAUGGAGAUGCAGGAAUACAAGGAGAGAUUGAAGCUUGCGCAGCCAAAGGAAGUGACGGUGGCAAGGGCUGAGCCAUCAUCAGAAGUUGUAACUGAAGAAGUGAAGGAAUCAGCUGAUGGGCAUUAA